AUGCAAGCCAACGAAAGGGCAAUGCAGCUCAUGCUGCAGGUUAGUAUGACUAGCCGGCAAGGCGACGAACUUUACAAUCGGGGAAAGUACACAGAGGCGAAGAACACGUAUUGGAAGAUCGCGAAAUCGGUGCUGGGAAACGAUCUCGAAAUUCCAACUUAUUCAGGGAGUAAAGGCGGAGGGGUGCGGUGUAAGAAGUACAUCGACAUAGACCCUUUCAAUCGGUCGAACUUGGUCGCGUGCUACAACGGUCUUGCGGCGUGUUGUGCGCGGGAGAAGGAUUUCGAAAGUGCUCUGAUGUGGUAUGAAGAGAUCGAGGUGGUCUACCUAAACAUCUACUACACCUCCCCGACGCCAUUAUAUGACUGGAUGAACUACAACCUCGACGUCCCAGAACUCACCUUCCAACGCGUCAAAGCCCUAACCACCUCCUCCGACCUCACGCUCCAACUGGGCAACACAGCCGUCGCAUUCAACCUUCGCUGGAGGGCAUGUACCAACUUUAUCAGCAUGCCCCCACGACACCAUCCUCCGACCGUUAAAGCCAUGAAUAGCGCCGAGAAGAUUGCUGAGCUGUCCGAACUUCGUCAUCCAGAUCCUCAGCUCAUCAAUAAAAGCGGUGUAACUGACCCGGCGCUGCAGUUGUAUGGCUCGUGGGCGCGCGUUUCGUUCAAGCCUCUCCCGGGAAAGGUUUUGGCGAGGUCAGCCCAUUCUGCGUUCAUUUGGAAAAGCCACUUUUACAUUGCCGGCGGACGCAAAGACUCUUUCGGACCUUUCUACCGCGAUCUAUGGUGCUUAGACCUAACUCAAAAACCCAGCUCUAGGGAAUGGCGUCAACUCCCCGACUACCCUAUCCCCAAAUCUGUUUCGGGUAUGUUCCUCAGCUGGAACAUGAUCGUGUACGAAAACAAAGCGUACCUCUUCACUGGACGGAAAGUCAUCGACUACUUCGACCUCGUCACGGAGAAGUGGGGCAGGACGCCCACGACGUUCUCGCCUACAGCUGACGACCUCCGCGUGGGUCUUACAGGGGAUUGGCCUUAUAGAGGGUCAAUCCUCGCAGAUCGUCUCUGGAAAACUGCUCGUUUUCGGGGGAUGUCAUAA